AUGCCUAAAAUAUAUUUCUCAGGAUUAAAUGCAAGUAAACUUAUCCAUGAAAAUAAUUUUCAUAAUCCUGGAACAGUAUUAGCAAUUGAUAAAUUUAUUUCUUUAUCAUACGAUGAUAUAACUGACAUUGAAAUUGGAUGGGAUUACAUCCUUAUCUGGAAAAAUAAUGAUUUAUACAUAUCUGGAAAAAUUGUGACCAAUGAAUCUAAUAAACUCAAUCGAUUGCUUAAAAUACCUGAGCACACAAAUCUUAAAUUUAAGCAAGCAAUUGCAGGAUCUGAAAAUGUAACGAUUUUGACAAAUGAUAAUUGCAUAUGGAUGUAUAAUAUUUAUAAUGAAACAUGGAAAAAAGUAAAAAUUUUUAUUUCGAGCGUAUCCGAAGUCGAGAAGGAAUACGUAAUUAAAAUUGCUCAGGGACGAUGCACUGUCGCCUUAACAAAUUUAGGUCGAAUUCUUAAUAUUCCAAUAUCUGUUAAUAAUCCUGAGGUUGUUAAGUUUAUUGACGUUGCUUGUGGAUAUGAUCAUGUAAUAUUACUUACAGAAAAAGGAGAUGUUUAUACCACGGGAAUGGGAACUCGAGGACAGCUGGGUCACGGCGAUUUAGAAGACUGUGACAAGCCUAAAUUGGUCGAAGCUAUAACAGGCUUAAAGAUUGUACAAAUAUCAGCAGGUGGUUGGCAUAAUGCUGUUAUAAGUAACCAAGGAGAUUUAUAUACUUGGGGAUGGAAUAAUCAAGGACAGCUUGGUCAACCCAAUAUUGAAAAUAUUGUUGCAGUGCCAACUAUUGUUGAUUUUGCAAAUGAAAUUGAAGAAAAAGAUUAUAAUGUAACUAAAGUAGAAUGUGGGAGUACAUUUACAAUUUGCAUUACGGAUACUGGCGAGCUUUGGGGAUCUGGAUCUAAUAAAUAUGGCCAACUUGGCUUAUUAAGAAAAAAUAUUUUCGUUUCAAAACUAUUUAUUCCUUUAAAUAUUAAUUAUUGUAAUUUACCAAUUAAAGAUUUCAAAUGUCGUGAAUGGAGCUGUUGCAUUUUUACAGGCUAAUUUUUAUAUUAAUGUAGAUUAAUUAAAUUUACUAAUAUCUGAUUCUAAUUCUUCAUUUUUAUUAAAGUUUAUAAUUUCGGAGCACAUCAUAGCUUUCGAAAGUGGUAAAAUAUAAUUUGUUUGAUUGCAACUACUUCUAGUGAAUAAUUCACUUGAUAUGGUAAACUCCGCCGAUGUAUCCUGUAUAUCUUUUUGUAUCGAUCUUUUGUUAGAUUUAUCUACGUGUAAAUAUGCAAAAUAAUUAAAUUAUUAAAAAAA